AUGUAACAACAGUCGCCAUUUUCCUGAAGUGCAGCGUAAGUGUGUCACGGAGACAUUCGUGGCGCACUGGCCGCUGGAAAUUCCCUCGCGCUGCCGACACCCAUGGCGUAGCCGUAGUCGGAAAACAGAGCGAUUCCUGGAAGGCCAGCAUUCGUGGGUGUAGCAAACAGGCCUGACAGCCUCCCGUGAUGAUGAUCGGUCCAAAAGGCAGCCGUAUAUACCUGGGGAGGUGCUGACGUCACACACCGGUCUGCCGGCCUGAUAUAUAAAGCCGCCGGGCCCGUCGGACUGCAUCAAUCCCAGCUGUAGCAGACACAGAGUCGGUCUAUCCCAACAGACAGAAUCAUCAUGAAGGUGUUCGCUGCAAUCCUGAGCCUGGUUGCUGUAGCUGCGGCCUCUCGUGUCUACUCACAGCCGGGAGUUGGAGUCCACUCCGGUUUGGGACAGACUGGUGGAGUCCACUCCGGUUUGGGACAGACUGGUGGAGUCCACUCCGGUCUAGGACAGGCUGGUCUGGUCCAGCCCGGUGUGGGACAGGCUGGUCUGGUCCAGCCUGGUGUGGGACAGGCUGGUCUGGUCCAGCCUGGUCUGGGACAGGCUGGUCUGGUUCAGCCCGGUCACGGCGCUGGCAUUAUCCCUGGCGGCGGUGUGGCCACUGGAAAUGCUGCGGGAAAUGCGCUCCAGGCACAGCAGAGCACUCCCUUCGGAUCUACCCAGAUUCAGCAGAAUUCAGCUGUCGCCGGGGGCAGCGCAUCUGGUCUGGGAGCAAGCAGCAUCAACCAGGCGUCGUCCCAGGGCUCCCAGUCGACCGGCAUAUUCGGCAAUCAGCAGUCGAGCAACACGGACGCGCUCUCUGUGCAGCAGGGUGGCGGCGGGCUGAUCGGACAGGGCAUCCCCGUCGGCGGCGCCAGCUACGGAAAGUAGGCUGUGAUCUGUGUGCAAACUAAAUAAACCGCAUUGGGUCGGUUUAUUGUUAAAUCUGGCAACUAUGUUGUUUCUGUGUCGUCGAAUUUAAAAUGAAUAAAAUGUCUGUGAAAA